GACAGAUUUGAAUUGACGUUUUCUCAAUAAUGCAGACCAAAAUUUUCACGUUUCUUACAUGUACAUAUAUAUAGUAAAACAAAUCUCUGAAGACACACAAGAGAAUCAAGAACAAUGAAAAAUUUAACCAGUUUCGUAAUUGUUAUCUUACUACAAAGCUUAUUGUUUCAUGUAUAUGGUCGUCAUCAAAGUUCUUCGAAGAACAUUUUAGUAGAUUCAUCUCCAUUUCCUUCUGAUUUCCUCUUUGGUACAGCUUCUUCCGCUUACCAGUAUGAAGGUGCGUUCUUGACUGAUGGAAAAAGUUUGAACAAUUGGGAUGUCUUUACGCAUAAAAAUCCUGGGAAAAUACUUGACAAGAACAAUGCAGAUAGAGCUGUGGACCAAUAUAAUCGAUUUUUGGAGGACAUCCAAUUAAUGUCUUUUCUUGGAGUGAACAGUUAUAGGUUUUCAAUUUCUUGGUGUAGAAUCUUACCUAGAGGAAGAUUUGGAGAGAUUAAUUAUUUGGGGAUAAAGUAUUACAACAUAUUUAUCGAUGCUCUCAUUAGUAGAGGGAUUAAACCAUUUGUGACGUUGAACCAUGUCGACUAUCCUCAAGAACUCGAGGACCGGUUUCAAAGUUGGUUAAACCCCGAGAUGCAGAAGGAAUUUGGUUAUUUAGCCGAUAUAUGUUUCAAGCAUUUUGGAAACCGAGUUAAAUACUGGACCACGCUUAACGAACCAAAUCAACAAUUAAUCUUAGGCUAUCUAACAGGUAAAUUUCCACCCUCUCGUUGCUCCUCGCCAUACGGGAACUGUAGCCAGGGGAAUUCAGAAACCGAACCUUUCAUAGCCGCACAUAACAUGAUCCUUGCACACGCAAAAGCGGUUAACAUAUACAAGACCAAAUAUCAGAAAGAACAAAAGGGAAGCAUUGGCAUUGUGGUACAAACAUCAUGGUUUGAACCCAUUAGUGAUUCCAAUGCGGAUAAAGAAGCUGCUGAGAGAGCUCAAUCAUUUUACUCUAAUUGGUAUGUUAUAUUACUAUAUAUGUUGAGAUCAUAUUUGUAGAUAUGAAGUAUAGUACUUCACCCACAUAUGGAAUAUAUAUUGUUUUAUCUAUUUGUAUUCUAACAUGUACUAGGAUUCUAGAUCCCGUUAUAUAUGGGAAAUAUCCAAAAGAAAUGGUAGAUAUUCUUGGACCAGCCUUGCCACAAUUUUCGAGCAAUGAAGUGAAGAACUUAGAGAAGUCGAGGGCAGAUUUCGUUGGUAUUAAUCACUAUACAAGUUACUUCAUUCAAGAUUGUUUGACCUCUGCUUGUAAUACUGGACAUGGAGCUUUUAAGGCCGAAGGAUAUGCUCUCAAGUUAGACCGGAAAGGCAAUGUUACUAUAGGAGAACUUGUAAGUACAUUCAUUCAGUUUCUUAUAUUCAAUAUUUUACGACUAUAUUCAAAUGUUUUAGUAAAUUUUAUUGUUUAUUGACCAUGUUUCUAUUGUUAGACCGAUGUAAAUUGGCAGCAUAUUGAUCCCACAGGAUUCCACAAGAUGCUGAAUUAUUUAAAAGAUAGGUACCCAAACAUGCCAAUGUUCAUAACUGAAAACGGUUUUGGAGACUUGCAAAAACCUGAAACAACGGAUAAAGAACUUCUAAAUGAUACAAAAAGGAUCCAAUACAUGAGUGGAUACUUAGAAGCUUUACAAGCAGCAAUGAGGGAUGGAGCAAAUGUGAAGGGUUAUUUUGUGUGGUCACUAUUAGACAAUUUUGAGUGGUUGUUCGGAUACAAGGUUCGGUUUGGUCUAUUCCAUGUGGAUCUAACAACUCUUAAAAGGUCACCGAAACAAUCAGCUUCAUGGUACAAAAAUUAUAUCGAAGAACACGUGAAUCGAAGAGAUAUCGUAGAUAAUUAUUAAACACAUUUAUUUUUAAUUCGUAUUCACUGCCAAAGAAAGUCAAAAAUUACAAAAGCAUUUAAAAUUGAUACUUAUCAUUGUUGUUGAUUGUUGAAUGAUUAAAUUUGUCUUUUCCUCCUAAAA